AUGUCUUCUCUCCAAUUAUUUGAUAUUGGAAGAACUAUUUCAAAUCUAGGAUUUAUCACCACAAUUAUAGUCAACAUAUUUCUGAUCUAUCUAACGAUUUGGAGAGUCAAACGAAUCGUUGGAACUUAUAGAAAACUGGUUGUUAUAUCUGCACAAAUUGGAUUGUUGUUCUCAAUUGUCGAUUAUAUCAUCCAUCCAUAUUUUUAUUCAUUUGACAACGGAUUAAUAUAUUUCAGUCUUGAAAAUUUGAAUGGAGCUUCUAAUCUUAUUUUAGAUUUCUUCUUACUUUUGUACUCGGGAAUGUUUUCCACAAUGGUUUGUUUCAUGACAGUUCAGUACAUCUAUCGAUAUAUGAUACUGAAUAGGUUUGUAAUAGUUAUAUUUUUCAAAUUACUUUAAAACUUCAGCGACCCAAAAGUGAAAUACUUCAAAGGUUGCCGUUUUUUAAUAUUCAUCGGAUACUGCCUCGUUUGGGGAGUUUUCCACGUAGGAGGAAUUUGGUUUUAUGGAUCACCAGAUAAUGAAUCUAAAGAUUAUUUUCGUGAGACAAUGAUUGAAAAAUAUAACGUGAACAUCGAUGAUAUAUCAAGUUUUAUGGUGGUAGUUUUUGUAAGUAUUUUUUUCUAUCUUUAUAAUAUUCGAUAAUUUUUUCAUAGACUUCUUCCAAUGAAAUUAGAUGGAGAAGUGUUUUAUGUGCUGGUGGGAUUGUUAUCAAUUUGACAACUCAAUAUUCAUUAAUGCUUGUAAUCGGAAUCCGAAUGCAUUUAAUUUUAAGACACAACUUGAAUUCAUUUUCGGAAACUCACCGAAAACUUCAGAAGCAGUUUUUCACCACCUUGGUUCUUCAAAUCUCUGCUCCUUCAUUGACCUUCCAUAUCCCAAUGAUCUUGAUUCUUGUCGCGCCUUAUGUUCACCUCAAAAUAUCUUUUGAAACCGGAUUGAUAAUUCCAUUCUUCAGUUUUUACCCAAGUAUCGACAGUGUUAUUCAAAUUUUCUGUGUCACAGAAUACAGACAUUCUAUGAAAAGUAAAUUAUAUUUUUUUAAAUAAUAUUUUUCAGUGUAAUUUUUAUCCAGAACUGGUUGAUGAUAUGAUGUUAACAAGUAAUGAUAGAUCGGCUGCAAUUCAGUUGAGAUAUUUAUAA